AUGCCACCUUACACAGGGACGCAGAAAACAGCCAUCUCUCAAUUUGUGGCUCUAACUGAAGCCAAGGAUAGUGUAGCUGUGAAGUUCCUCAAAAAUGCACUUUGGGACGUUGAACGGGCGGCGAAUGCAUACUUCACAGACUUUACAAGCAGCGGUCGCAGCCCGUUGCGGAAAUCACUCAGCUCUAUUUUCGACAAAUACUGCGAUGACACGCCCGCCGACCCGGAUACCAUCGGCCUCGACGGGGCCAUGCAGUUCCUGACAGAUAUCGGCGUUAAGCUAGAUGAAGUAGCGUGCCUCGGUGUACUCGAGCUAUGCAAAACACCCACAAUGGGCGAGUUCCGACGCGACGAGUUCAUAGCCGGCUGGCGGCACGCACAGUGCGACACCAUUGACAAAAUGCGCAGCUACAUCAAAACCUUGCGCACCCGGAUCCCGUCAGACCCCGAGCUCUUCCGGCGGGUAUACCGGUACUCGUUCCCGCUGUUGCGGAUGCAAGGCCAGCGCAACCUGCAGUUCGAGAUUGCAUCGGACCAGUGGCAGCUGUUCUUUACAGCGGACCGGGGCGGAGCGUCGUGGAACACGGACUCGACGCCCUGGCUGGACUGGUGGCUCGAGUUCCUCGAGGGUCGGGGCAAGAAGCCCGUCAACAAGGACCUGUGGGAGCAGACGGAAGUAUUCAUGCGCAAGACGCGUGAGGAUGAACAGUUCGGGUGGUGGAGUGCGGAUGGGGCGUGGCCUGGGGCGCUGGACGAUUUCGUGGCGUUUGUGCAGGCGAAGAGGGGGAAUGAAAUGGAGGUCGAGUGA